UAUGUAAUCCAUAGGCCCAGGAACUUCGACUGGCACUGAGUUUAUCAGAGCCAGUUACACAGACGAGGCUGUAUGUUCAACUUAUCGUUUCUCCUCCUUCUCUCUGACCCUCUCAUUGCACACUGUUGCGCCUUUAUCUCCCGCUGCAACUUCUCACGACUUCCUCGACUUCAAAAGGACCUGCGCUGGGGUCUCUCCUGCUAUAUUGAUCUGAUCCACGGAGACCCCCGCAUCUUCCAGAUUUCCUGUAAAAGCACCAGAGGCUUGCAGCAGAUGUUUGGCAUGUAGGGACUCGGCAUGACCUGUAGACUCAUCCUCCCCAGUGCGUAUCACCCCUCGC